CCGACUGCAAGGGCGUGAUGAGAGUUGUCGUAAGAAAGGCUGGAGAGCCAAAAAGCGUCGUCGUAGUACAGGUUCCGAGUUCGAUUGAGCAGCUUUUAGAAGUCGCCAACAUUCGUCUAUGCAUACAUUCCACAAGCAUAACCAACGAGCUCGGGGGACGGAUCGAAGAUCUCGAAGUUAUUCGUGAUGGCGAUGUACUCUACUUUGACGCUGAAGAGCUGCCCAUCGGAAUAGAAUCUCAACUAGCAUCAUCUAGCGCUAAACGAGAUGAGGCUUCUUUUUCCGGUAAGAGUCUUAUCUAA